AUGAAAUCAUGCAGAAAGUCUGGGCACUUUAAGUGUCUACGCAACCUUGUUUUCUCAAACAAUGAUUCUUCUGAUCAAAAGCCCACAGCUCGAUUCCGUGUUACGGGUUCAAUGCUUCCAAAUUUAGUAGGUCGCGAUGUAUGUAUAGUUGGGACUGCUCUUCGUGUUGCCCCUUCAGGACAAAGAAUACAUAUACGCUGUGCAGAUGGGCGGGAAGUCGAUUGCAAUCUUCUCUCGCCUCUUCAGGCUUCUCCAGAAAACCGAGUUAUAGAAGUCCAAGGUCGCGUAAGCAAUGUGCAAGGUACAGAAAUCAAUGCUACAGCGGAACCGGUCGUUUUCUCACAGGAAGCAAGUACAAAGUUUGACAGCGAUUUAUAUUCACAAGCUAUCCAAAUGACAGCUCAAUUCGAUCAGUUUUACAUUCAACCAAUGGAAGCAUAA